GGAUAUCAGUUUGUCCUAAUCUCACGCUUAUAUUAUUUCUGAUUGUUGUUUAUUCCUUUUAUCAUCAAGUAUAUCAGUGCUACAAAUGGUGAUGGAGCAGGACAACUCAAACAUUGAUUCACGUCUCAUUCUCCGACGGACCAGUAUUUCUCAAGCAUAAAGAAGUAUCAGAGUAACUGUGUUAACUUCAACCAUUUAAUGAAAGUUCCGUGAGUACAAACAUACAUGUGGAAAACGUCAGGCGACGAAAGGUCGAAAAAGUCGGAUUAUGCAACACCUAUCAAAGCUCCACACAAAUACGAAAAGAGUCAUGCUAAGAAACCUCAUUUACCAGGGAACCGGUGUAGUGGUGCUCCACUUCAGACACCAUCGUCGUCUCACUCCUUUCCUGAUGUGGAUGAUGUCUCACUUACAAUACUAUCUCAUAAUAAUAAACACUUGAAACAGAUUGACAGGACAAAAGCCAGUAAUACCGUUCCCAAAACAUUGAAAGAAAGUAAUAAAUCCACACAAGUCAUCCAUGCAAAGACCCCGACCAGGGAAUUAUCUCACAUCAGCAUUAAAAAUAAAUGCAUGACUUCUGGAAAUGCUGACAACAGGAAAUCAAAGAAAGUAUCUAAUUGUAAUUUGAAAAUCCCAAGGUCCUCUUUAAACAGUAUGAAGUUCAACUCACCAUUUGUAAGAGGAUUGGAAGAAUUUAUAAUUACGGAUGAUGAAUCCAAAGUCACAACCCCGUUACGACGUCAGAAAGCUCUUUCCGAAAAACAUAUUGAAAGGAUAGGUAGACCACAUGAAGUGAUUAGGACUAAGCGAUAUACUCCUCUUAAACGCUCUAUUUUGAAUGAGCGCGCUAUCCGCAAGAGUCAGCGAAGUCAUUCACUUCCAUCCCCUGUAGGAAUUACUUUUGAUUCCACUGAAUCUCCUAGUGUGACGAAAAUCACAGAGUUCCGUACUCCUGAUAGCUUUAAUAAUUCACUAAAAGAACCCACUUCUUCAUCGGAAAUCGAAAAGUAUCUUGUGAGUGAAUUGAUUUCACGAUUGGUUACAUUCCAAGACAGAGCAUAUAUAAUCCACGCUAAUAACCCCUUUCAUCUCAAGAGAACAAAGCGUCUUGUUUGUGGUUUUCAUGAAGUAAUCAAACACUUAAAGUUAAAACACAUGCGAAUUGUCUUUGUGGCUCGCGAUCUUGAAGGAAAUGCUACCAGUUUUUUAUGGCAAGAUAAAAGCUAUGACAACUUAUUUGGUGGUGACACGUUUCGCAUUGAGUUUGUUCUGAAAGAUUUCUAAUCUCUUUGACACCUUUUUGACGUCAGUUUGGAAUCAUGUCACGUCGUGAGGCCAACUCUGCUCUAUGUUUGCGAAAUCUUGAUUACACGAGUAAAAUUGUUUUGGUUUGACAUGGUAUCCAGGCUAUGUAUGUCGUGAUUCAUCAGUUGGCAAUUUCCCUAGGAAUGGGAUGUACUUUACACUUAAAUGCAAAGUACUUCUACAAGACCAGCAGGAGCUCGUGUUUACACCCACUACUGGUGGCGAACCAUUAAAAGUAAUCAAUUUGUUUGGAUGAUUGCGUUAGUGCUGAUGAUGUGAGUGAUCAGAUCAAUUUACAUAUGGUAAAAGCCAGAAUGGCUUAUGCUAAUCUAGGUCAUCUUUGCUGCUGUCAUGAUGUUAGUAUAGCUAUAAGAGGGGUUUGCAAAGUCGAUGAGGAUAGUUCUGCUCUAUCAUUGGAAAACCUGAGCUGUACAAGUUAAAGAUGUUAAGCGACUCUGUGUUCGAUCAUUGUCUCUGAGGUGCUGUUGAUGUUCAGUGACAAUGCUGUUGUUUAGUGUUGUUCAAGCGCAGUAGUGAUAACUCAAUUGGUGUUGCCAUCCUGAAACAUCGGCCUUCGUAGAGCAGACGUUUUACGAAUGUUAACUCGACGGCUGACUGGAAAAAGCGAAGAGGUGGUCAUUUCACGAUAUAGUGCCGGGGUACAAAAGGAAGCUAUUUAGGACUGGCGCCUGUCGGUCCUUCACGACUCCUUGGUUAGGGCCCGAGGGACGGUGGGUUUCAUUGGCUUGAAACAUUAUCGGACAUUAAUCCAAAUAGAAACCACUGGUCAGUGUGAAAUAGUUUUUCUUUACAUUAUUCAUAAAAAUGAAACAGACUUAACCAAGAGGAGUAUUAUUCAGAUGUAUUGUUAACUGAACUGUUUCUUCCAUUACAUAAUCAUCUUGAUUACAGGUAGUUUUUCUCGGCUCUACUGCUUCCGCUUUUCUUUUCUUUACAGUUAUAUGUUUGUGUUGUGUAGUACAUUGUAUUGUGCCAACUUAUCCCAAAUAAUGUAUUAAGUAAAAUAAUGGCUUCCGAUUCCAACGGGAUAAUAUGUAAAUGUAUGUUAGUAGAAAUAGCGUUUAGUCAGUACAGAUUCAUAUUUAACACUUGCGGUAAUCAACCCACGCGAACACACCGCUUCUCUCGAGAGCAAAAGGUUUUAUCAUGAAUUGAAUGAAACUAAUCGGUAUCAUUUAGUGACGUUAAUGUGUGCUUACUAUCCAUGGCGUACAGCUUAUUGACUAAUAACUAGUUGCUCAUAGCUGGCAUUCUGAAAGUAUUUUCAAUAUUCUGACUAAUUCUCUUCAGUAAUUUUAUAUUGGUGGGCUUUUUUUGAUCAAAUAAUCUGUCCUUUUAUUAUAAUUUUUCAGUUACAUAUGAUGAAAAGGAAGCUGAAAAUAAGAUAGUUCUUAGUGCAUUGGAAAAAGUACUCUGUCAGAUCUGGGAACUUGCAAAAGAAUGUGACCCGCCGGUACCAAUAAUUAUUACCCAUACAAGAAAAAAAUUAGCACGUUUAUGUCAUAAACCAAGAUUUGUAUCUGUUGUAGGGAUUAUAAACGCCGAUGGAGCAUAUGAGGUUGAAAAAAAGCUGUUAGAUAUGAAAUCUGGAGUUAAUUUAAGAUGUACAACAAGUCUGGGGACUGAUCAAAUAAACACAGUGAAUGAGCUCACUGUAGGAAACUCAAACGCUACAAUUAUCGAAAAGUUGCGUUGUUCCGUUGAAUCUAUCAACAUUAAGUGAUUAGCUUUUGUUUGUAGUCAAAUGUUCGUAUCUCCCAUCACUACCGAUGAUCGAUAAAUCCCCUUCUUCCAUAUUGUACAUAGUUUAUUUUACUUGUGUAUACUUCAGUUGAUUUUGUUUCUUCCAAAUAAAUUGUAAACGACUCUUC